AUGACCGUAGGCAGCGUAAAACACCCGAGUGUGUUGCCUCAACCCGCCACGGCUUCCUCCGCCCGUGUGUCUGCGGCCUACGAUUGCAACAGGCCCGGUUCCGGCGGUGUCGGUGGCGGAGGCAGCGUCGGGGGCGGUAUUAGACAGGGUGGAAGCGUGGGUGGAGCCGCUGGAGGCCGGAUAGUUCAGCACUCUUCAUCCUCCUCGUCGUCAUCUGUGUGCGGAAUGAUGCGUUCCUCGACCGCACGGCGCCUUUUCGACAGCCCGCCGGAUCCAAACGAAUCAAAUCGGAUAUAUGACGAAUAUUUCAAGGAGGAGCAAAAACGUGCCAUCUCUCGGUACGGCUUCGAUCCGUACGCCAACACCAGCAUCAACUCUUCCUACAACUCGUCCUCGUCGAAGGGAUCACACCAUCGUCAUCACCAUCAGUGAGCCGAUCGCGGGCGAUAGGUGAAAGUGUGGGAGUUGAAUGAUCAAGAGAGAGAGAGAGAAGGAAGGGAACCGUCCGUCACCGCCGCCUUAGCGACUGCCACCUGCACGGAGUGCGAGUGAGAUGCGCGUCACCAAAAGAGUGCAAUACCGCCAAACACCGUGGGCUGUGUAAAAGAAAAAAGAAAAGCAAAAGCACCGCAUAAACCCUAAAACUAACUGCAGAAAAUACAAACGUUCACCUAUUGAAAACUAUCCGGGCGAUUAACCGAAAAAAAUCCGUGCGUGAGAGAAAGAGGAAGUGAGUGAGCGAGAAAAGCAAAGAAAACACACCCAACCGUCGUCUUCCAUCGACCGCCACUUGGCUCACUUAGUCGGGAAAAUGCCCGACCACACUACGGGCACACACACACACCCACACCAUUCAAAGCGCCACCGGCUGCAGGAUACGAAGCAAUGAAUUGGAGAGGAUCUGCCAUCUACCUGCUGGAAGACACGCUACAAAAGGCUGCUGAAAUGUGUUGUAUGUUUCGAGAUGUACGUUCUGUUCGUGCUUUGAUUGCAGCGACAGGAAGUAAAACACGGGAGCCAUUUUCCCACCUCAUGUAUAAUCACCGUAUAAGCACUAACGAGCUGCAAAAAGGUGCAAAAAGGGUGUCAUUUUCAUAAACAAAGCAGACGUACGAAUUUUAGUUGCUCAAAUGAGCAUCGAUACACUAGAUAUAGAAAGGAGUUCGGUUGACGCUAAGGUGGGCGAAGAAGUUUCUGCCUUUUACUCAAAUCGAAGAAGAGAGAAAACACAGAAAACAGAGCAAGAGAUGAAGUAAUACAAAUAUGCGAACAGCAUAAAUGAACGAGAUCUCAUGUGAUAUUUUCUAAGCGAGUGUAUGCUUAUGUCUGUAUUCCCGGUACAGUGCGAAGUUAGCCUGGUUUAAUAUGAAAGAGAAGACUUUAAUUGGAUAUCCGCGACCGACGCGUUCCGGUCCCAGUGAUUGUUUCACGAUGCAUGUUUAAAACAUGC